AAGACGGGGUACCGCACACAUAGAAGAAAGUAGACGUUUGUGAAUGUAAAACAAUAAGCCAAUAGGAAGCCUCAUUCAACCGACGGUUAGUGCGAGAGAAACUGUGAGCGGGAGUGCACGCGUCUUGUGUCCACAAACGAAAAACUGGUUUAGUGUUUCGUCGAUCUAAUUUUUUGUGAGGUUAAACGUCAACAUUUUAAGGUAAUUAUGAUCACCCCAUUUAUAUCUUUUUGAUCUUCGGUUACUAGUGUUGUUUAUUUUGUUAAAGUGUGUUGUUUGCAGGAAUCCGUCAAACAUUUUAUUAGUUUUUUUUUUUGUCCAGAGCGACCUUAUGAGGCAAGAUGGGGUAUUGGGUGUGGGGUAUGAUGGGGCAUUGGGGCAUGAUGGGGUAUUGGUUAAGUUUCUUAAUCCUUAGACUUACAGAAUACCUUAUUAGAGCCAAAGCAUUAAAAAAUAACAUUAAUUUAUUAUUUUUUUAGGUACAAUCAUGGUACGUACUUACAAAAAAAAAAACCAAAAGAGGAGAGUGGUCGAAAGAUUCCAUGAAAAUAGCUAUAGAUAAAGUUUUGAGCAGAGAGAUGGGAUACAAAAAAGCUGCUUCUGCAUACGCAGUGCCUCAGACUACUUUAGAGCGAUAUGUUAAGAAAAUGAAGGAAGGGGGUGAAGUUACCAUUGGUUUACCUUUAGGUCCGAAAAAAUCUAUCUUUACAACUAAAGAAGAAGGUGAAAUAGAAGCAUAUCUGAAAUAUAUGGAAGAGCGUCUUUUUGGACUAACAACUAUCGAACUGAGACGUCUAGCAUAUCAAUUGGCAGUUAAAAAUGGAAAGGCACACAAUUUUAACACUGAUAAAGAAAUGGCAGGUGUUGAUUGGCUUAAGGGUUUUUUGAAACGUCAUCAAAAUUUAUCAAUUCGCAAACCUGAAGCCACGUCAGCAGCAAGAGCAAUGGGGUUCAAUAAAGUGGCCGUAAGUAAAUUCUAUCAGUUGCUCGGAGAUAUUUAUGAUAAGUAUGAAUUGACCCCUGACAAAAUAUAUAACUGUGAUGAAACAGGAAUAUCCGUUGUGUCUAAAACCAAGAGCAAAAUAUUAGCUAUGAAAGGACGAAAACAAGUGGGUUCGUUAUCAUCUGCUGAACGAGGACAGACUAUCACUGUAGAAAUAUGUUUUAACGCUGCUGGAACCUACAUGCCCCCACUGAUGAUUUUUCCAAGACAACGAAUGAAGCCAGAACUUUUAGAUGCUGCUCCACCAGGUACUACAGCAGUUUGUAAUCCUCGAGGCUGGAUAACAUCAGAAAUAUUUUUGACUUGGUUUAAAAAUUUCAUAAAAUUUUCCGGAGCUACUCCUACUAACCAUGUAUUGCUGCUUCUAGAUGGUCAUGUGAGUCAUACUAAAAAUUUGGAGGUGAUUGAUCUAGCUCGUAAAAAUGGAGUAAUUAUACUUUGCUUUCCCCCCCAUUGCACACACAGAUUGCAGCCUGCAGAUGUAGCAUUUAUGAAGCCACUCAGCACUUAUUACGAUCAUGCAGUUACAGGUUGGUUGAGAUCACAUCCUGGACGUGUGGUAACUGUAUUCCAGAUAAGUGAAAUAUUUGGUAAUGCAUACCUUCAGGCGGCUACAAUGUCCACAGCUAUUAACGCAUUUAGAAAAUGUGGUAUAUGGCCCUAUAACCUGAAUAACUUUACUGAUGCUGAUUUCAUUUCUGCGGAAACUACGAACAUAAAUAUUGCAGACUCAUCGAAUGUGGAACAACAAAGAGGAUCAGAACCCGAAUCUCUUCAAUCUGGAGCAGUGCCAUAUCUGUCUUCAACAACAACAGUCACAACUGUAUCUUCAACAGUCGUGACAACUUCUCAUACUGAAACUGUUGCAGCAGAACCUGAAGCUACACCUUCCACUUCACCUAGAACAGAGUUAAUCACCGAAUGUUACGAACAUGUCACACCAAGAAUGGAUAAAACACCCAUCCGUGAACCUGAACCUGGAUGUUCUUAUUAUCCUGAACCUUCCAUUCGUGCAGCAUGCCGUGAUCUGACUUCUAGCUUCAGCAAUGCAUCCCCAGGUGAUAUUUUGCCAAUUCCUUCUGUUCAACGAACUGAAAAAAGGAAACAAUACCGCCGAGGAAAAACAGCCAUAAUAACUUCAACUCCUUAUAAAAACGAGCUGGAAAAUCUGAAAAAGCCGGGAAAAACAUCCAAUCCUAAUGAUCCUCGCCUCAAAAAGAAUCAUAAAAACAAACAAAAGACUAAACCCUCAGCCAAACAACACAAGAGCGAUGAUGAAGAUGCCAUAUGCUUAUACCUAUUGUAA